GCUGGCUCACACAACAAUGGGAUAAAAAGGCGCCCCCAAUCUAAACCUCUCCACAAUGUCCUUCAAUAUAUCUAGCGAACAUUUUGCUUAAAGGGACUUGGUUUGAAUAGAACCAGCAAGGUAGCUAACUAACUAGCUUUUAAGUCGACUGUUCAGCUCUUAUUAAUAUAAGAAAAUGACAGAUUUUAAAAUACGGAAAGCUGAACCCAAAGAUGUGCCUGACAUACUGCGACUGAUAAAGGAACUGGCUAAAUAUGAGGGAAUGGAAAACCAAGUGAAACUGACUGAGGAAGAUCUGCUCGAGGACGGAUUCGGUGACAACCCAUUAUACCACUGCGUCAUGGCAGAAGUCCCCAGUGAGCCGCAGAGCAACAACGCUCCUGUGGUGAUUGGGUUUGCCAUGUACUACUUCACCUAUGACCCCUGGAUCGGCAAGCUGCUUUACCUGGAAGACUUCUUUGUCAUGGAAGAGUACAGGGAGAUCGGCAUCGGCUCAGAGAUUCUCAAGCUCCUCAGUGACAUGGCAUUCGAGACUCGCUGCAACAGCAUGCACUUCGCCGUCGCCAAGGACAACCAGGAGUCAAUAGAGUUCUACAAGCGUCGUGGGGCGGCCGACAUCACUCUGGAUGAGGGAUGGAGACUCUUCAAGAUCAACAGGAGCUCCCUCUUCAAGAUGUCCUCCGGCUCCAAAGAGUGAGCUGGCCUCAAGACACAUAGAAAGAUGGACAAGAGUGACAGACAUGGUCAAUUUAUAUUACUUAAUUAUUUGCCUGUCUUUCACUUCAGCGGUGGGGGGUGUGACUUCUGACAGUAGAUUAUUAUUAAAAGGGGCAUUAAACAUG